GCGGGACGGCUCCACGCCCGCUGGUCGGCCGAGGCGCUGCUGCGUGAGACUGCGCGCGAGGCGCACUCCUGGCGGCGGCGCGCCCAGGCCCUGGCGGACGAGCUGGAGCUGACGCAGGCGGCGCAGGACACUGCUGCCGCCCUGGGGGCGCGCGCCGUGGCCGCAGCCAUCGCGGCCGCCUCCUGCGCCGCGGGCGGAGCGCCCAUUGUCGAGCGGCCCUCGCAGCUGGCGACCGAGGCCCGCGAGCAGGCCGCGGAAGUGCAGCAGGCGGAGCAGCCCGUGGAGGCGCCACAAGCCCUCCUGGUGGUGACUCAGGCGGCCCGCCCCGAGAUCCCGUACUUCGACGGGGAGGUGAGCCCCGUGCGGAUCGUGGUGGUGCCGCAGGUCAUGCACAAGGAGGCCGCCAAGGCCAUGAUGCACAACGCGGAGGCCGCCUGCGUGGCCCAGGAGAGGAUCGUGGAGGUGCCGAUGGCGCUGCAGGCGGAGCAGCCCGUGGGAGCGCCACUGGAGCCCCCCGCGUGGCUCGAGGAGUUCGCCGAGCAGGCCGUCGAGGUCCCCACGGUGCACAUCGUGGAGUGCGUCAUCGAGCUGCGGACCGAGGUCCGCAGGCAGCUCCACAGUGGCGCCAAGCAGCGCGCGGGGGUCGCGCUCGCGGCGCUGCUGGGCCUGCUCCUGCGGCUGGCGGAAGCCGUGGAGGCGCUGGCGCGCGCGGCCUGGAGCGGCGUGGGGCUCAUCUCCGCCCUGCCCGAGGCGCUGCGCGCGGCGCAGCUCAUCGCCCUGGAGCGGGAGCUCGGCGUGGAGAUCGGCGUGUAG